AUGGGGGGGCGCAACGCGGGAAAGCUGAUCUCGCUGCCCUAUGCGUGUGACCGUGGCCUCGUGGAAGUUUUCCCUUCUUUUUCCGGCGUCACAAUGCUGAUCGGUCUAUGCGGAGGCAUUUGCGCCGGCAAACAUGCAAUCGCCGACUAUCUGAUUCAGCAGGGCUUUCGAGUUCUCCAACUAUCGAGCAAACCCUCUCACCAGAUCACCGAUGAUGCAGACGAUGACCUCAGACUACAGGCCUCGGAAGUGAGCGCGGGUACGCCAGCAGAAUUCGUGUUCGACUCCCCCGACGCCCUCCUAGAAUUCGCGACGAAACGAUGGCAAGAACGUUGGGUGACGACCGAUAUUGCAAACGGCGACACGCUCGACCGUUUCCUCCUGCGCCCAUUUUUCCUUCUCGUGAGCGUGGAUGCCCCUGUAAGCCUCCGUUGGAAAAGAUUCUCCGACCGAUGCUGGCGAAGACAACUGGACCCGCCCGAUCUAGAAAAGUUCGUGCUAUGGAAUGACCGCCAUCUGUAUGAAAAGGAUAUUGGGCGCGUCUACUUGACCGACAAGGCCCAUAUGCGCCUGUUCAACUCUUCCUCCUCCUUGGACGAGCUCCACCAAUCUCUCGAGGAACUGAACUUGGCAGAUGAACAGCGACUGCGACCAAACUGGGAUCAGUACUUCAUGCAAUUAGCAUCUCUCGCCGCACAGAGAAGCAACUGUAUGAAACGAAGAGUGGGAUGUGUGCUUGUACGAGAACGUCGAGUCAUCAGUACGGGCUACAACGGGACUCCUCGACACUUGACGAACUGCAACGAAGGCGGAUGCCCGCGUUGCAACCGCGGCGACGGCGGCGGCGUCGGUCUUUCUACCUGCCUUUGUCUCCAUGCCGAGGAAAAUGCUUUAUUGGAAGCUGGAGGGAGCGCAUUCGCGAGGGUGCAAUUCUGUAUUGCGAUACUUUACUCGCAGGGCUACAACAUGGAUAAGGACAGCGCGGCCAUUCUUGAGGCUGCAGGUGUUCGCUUACGACAGUUCAGCCCGGCUGGACAACCCUUUCGCAAUUCCGCUGGAGACGAUCUGACUGCCAGAGAUAUCAACAUGCCCACCGUGCACCUCCUGGACUAUGUUGCGGGGAACAUUCGCUCUUUGGUCAAUGCGAUCAAUCAGGUUGGCUACGAAGUGGAAUGGGUCAAGACCCCGGAAGAUGUGAAGAAUGCAGAUAAACUGAUUCUUCCCGGCGUCGGUCACUUUGGUCAUUGUCUCUCCCAACUCGAAAAAGGCGGCUUCUUGGGCCCAAUUCGACAGCACAUCGAGACGGGCAAACCUUUCAUGGGUAUUUGUGUUGGACUGCAAGCCCUUUUCCAAGGAUCAGAGGAGGAUGCCAACGUUCCAGGACUGGGGUUGAUCCCCAUGCGCAUUCAGCAAUUCGAUGACAAGAACAAGAGCGUGCCGCACAUCGGAUGGAACUCGGCGAUGAACACAGAACUUGCAUCCACGAAGCAAAGCUUCUACGGACUUAUGCCAACCAGCAAAUACUACUAUGUCCACUCCUAUGCGGCCCCAUAUAACCCGGGGGUUCUUGAGAAGGACGGGUGGUCCGUCGCCACUGCCACCUAUGGUGACGAGGAAUUUAUCGGUGCAGUCAGCCGAGGAAAUAUCUUUGGUACACAAUUUCAUCCUGAAAAGAGUGGUGUGGCAGGUCUCCGGGCGAUUCGCGCCUUCCUGCACGGCGAUCAAUUCCAAUCUGUGUCGCUGGAUUCGAUUGCCGGCAAAAAAGACGGGCUGACCCGCCGAGUCAUUGCCUGUCUUGAUGUCCGCACUAAUGAUAACGGCGACCUCGUCGUGACCAAGGGGGAUCAGUAUGACGUGCGAGAGAAGAGUGGUGUGGAUGCGAGUGGUCAGGUGCGAAACCUGGGAAAACCGGUCGAUAUGGCUAAGAGAUACUACGAGCAAGGAGCGGAUGAAAUUACCUUCCUGAAUAUCACUUCCUUCCGGAACUGCCCUCUGGCGGAUACUCCUAUGCUUGAGAUCCUGCGGAGAGCAUCGGAAACCGUUUUCGUGCCGUUGACCAUUGGCGGGGGCAUCAGAGACACCGUCGACACCGAUGGCACUCAAGUCCCCGCACUUGACGUUGCAACGAUGUAUUUCAAGUCUGGCGCUGACAAGGUCAGCAUCGGAUCAGAUGCCGUUUUUGCUGCUGAAGAGUACUACCAGGCAGGUAAGACACUGAAUGGUCGCACGCCAAUUGAGACCAUUUCCAAUGCGUACGGAAAGCAGGCCGUGGUGGUGAGUGUGGACCCCAAGCGGGUCUACGUGGAUCGACCUGAGGACACAGACCACCACACCUUCAAGACUGCGUAUCCAAAUGCCGCAGGCCAAUGCUACUGCUGGUAUCAAUGCACUGUUAAGGGUGGUCGGGAAACCCGGGACAUGGAUGUCCGACAAUUGGUGCAGGCUGUUGAGGCCAUGGGCGCCGGAGAGAUUCUGUUGAACUGUAUUGAUAAGGACGGUAGCAACAGUGGAUUUGACUUGGAAUUGAUCAAGGAUGUCAAGGCUUCCGUCAAGAUUCCCGUCAUUGCGUCCAGUGGAGCUGGCGUGCCGGAACAUUUUGCAGAAGUAUUCAGCAAGACCACUACAGAUGCUGCAUUGGGCGCAGGCAUGUUUCACCGUGGGGAAUACACAGUGAGCCAGGUCAAAGUUCAUCUACAAGCGGAGGGGUUUUUGGUGCGCCAAUUCGAAACCGAUAUCUAA